ACAGGCACAGGGCUCGGGGCAGGGGGAGAUCGAGACGCAGCCGUUGGCAUCGUGCGUAGUUUCGAAUUGCUUGGGCACGGAGACGUGGAGGUGUAACGGCGGGGAACGGAGCCCCUGACAUGACGCCUGUGCUCUGUUUGGCACCUGUCAAGCAGUUUUUUGGCUGAGGCUUGUUGUAGAGCAUUACACACCGUCCAGAAUGGCCGGGCGAUCUCGCAGCGAGGAUGAAGAUGACGAUCUUCAUUAUGCUGACCAUGAUUAUGAGGUUCCAGUGCAGAAAACUGUAAAGAAAGUCUGGAACAGAGUCAAAUGGUCCAAAGAAGAGGAUGAAAAACUGAAGAAAUUAGUUGAACAGCAUGGGACGGAUGACUGGGCUCUUGUGGCUUGUCAUUUUAUGAACCGAUCAGAUAUUCAGUGUCAGCAUCGUUGGCAGAAGGUUUUGAAUCCUGAACUUGUGAAGGGACCUUGGACCAGAGAGGAGGAUCAAAGGGUGAUUGAAUUGGUUCAUAAAUAUGGUCCAAAAAGGUGGUCUCUUAUUGCAAAGCACUUGAAAGGGAGAAUUGGCAAGCAGUGCCGAGAGCGAUGGCACAACCACCUAAAUCCAGAAGUGAAAAAGUCUUCUUGGACAUUAGACGAGGACCGCAUAAUCUACGAUGCUCAUAAACGACUUGGAAACCGAUGGGCUGAAAUUGCUAAACUGCUUCCAGGAAGGACCGAUAAUUCUAUAAAGAAUCAUUGGAAUUCUACUAUGAAGCGCAAAGUUGAACAGGAGGGAUAUUUGCAGGAUCUAACGGAGAAGGAACACCGUUCCAAACAGCAUCAUAGAGCUUGUGCUGCACUGGCUCAUUUGCAGGCACAGAACGUGUACUAUGUGCCCCUCCAAUCUCAAAUUCCAGGAUACCAUUACUUCUCUUCUGAUGACGGCCGCAUCGAUGGCAUGCAGAACUCUUAUGCCUUUAUUCAGCAGCCCUUUGUUGAUGUGGAUGACCCUGAUAAGGAAAAACGGAUAAAGGAACUUGAGUUGCUGCUUAUGUCAGCUGAGAAUGAAGUCAGAAGAAAAAGAGUGCCGUCUCAGACUGGGAGCUUGUCGAGUUGGUCUGAAACAAUUGUUGUGGAUGACAGCAUGUCCAAUACUUUAACCAGUUUAGAGGAGCAGACCAGCGAAUUUUACAGUGUGGAUGACUCGGAGAACAUGACAGGUCACAUCACCUCUCCAAGUAAUAUAUUGACUGUGGAACCCAACGCUGUAAUAUCCUCUCUAGGAUCCAUGCCAGAAUUUGGCGAACCGUUUGAUCACAUUGAAGUUGACCAUCCCACGUGGAGUGAUGUUGUAAGUUUUGACACUUCCAUCGAGGUGACUCCUGCCAAGAUGAACCCAGUAAAGCUUAUUCCAGUUCAGCAAGAAAGUUCACAGGAUUGUUCAUUAAGCUGCAGUUUGGAGCUACUUGACAUGGAUUCUGCUGUGGAAAAUAAAGUGGCUUUUAUUUCCCCAACUAUGUCUAAGUUUAGCACACCUCCAGCUAUACUGAGGAAGAAAAAACUACGAAUCAGGCCUUCUCCUGGCUUCAAAGGGCACGAAAUAUUUGAUUCUAGCAAUGGUGUGCUUAAAAGUACUCCAGUCAAAGCACUUCCAUUUUCUCCAUCACAGGUUGGUAAAUUUCUCAACAUUUCUUCUGGAAAUGUUCAAGAGCAUUUCAGUUUUGAAAAUCCUGCCUACACUUCCACUCCAAUAUGUGGGCAGAAGAUUCUUACAACUCCCCUGAGGAAACAGACAACCCCUAAAAAGGAAAAAGAGAAUAUUGGCUUUCGCACUCCCACAAUAAGGAGGUCAUUGCUAGGAACACCUAGAACACCAACCCCAUUUAAAAAUGCUCUUGCUGCCCAGGAGAAAAAGUAUGGACCAUUGAAAGUUGUGUCACAGCCUCUUGCUUAUCUUGAAGAAGAUAUACGUGAGGUGCUAAAGCAAGAAACUGGGAAGGAUAUAUUCCUUAAAGAGGAAGAGGAUGAACCUAUUUACAAGACAGAAAAACAGCGUGUUUCUGCUGUUAAAAAGGUCCGAAAGUCGUUGAUUCUCGAUGCUUGGGACAAAGAAGAGUUGGGUGCUCAGCUGUUAGCUGAUGACACUUCUGACUUGCAGAAUGAAAAUAGAUUUACAACUGAAAAUACUCUUUCUUCAUCUUCAAUAACAACACAAAUGGCUCAAAGGGAUGACUGGAAAUGCAAGUAUAGUCCUGAAACUCCUAGACAUAAUGUACUUUCAAGAAAGAAGCCAAACACUGACUUAAAAAAGAUCAAAUUGGAAAGAUUUGACCAGUCCUUUUAUGAAUGGGAAGCAGUUGUAUUUGGGAAGACAGAAGACCAGCUGAUCAUGACAGAACAAGCAAGGCGUUAUCUCGAUACCUACAAGCCACCCACCAGCUCUACAUCCAGACCUUUAGUUUUAUGAAUGUAGGAUAGUAACUGGGAUAUUAACUGGUGAAUCCAGUUUCCUUCUAUACAUGCACUAAAAUAGGACUUUUCCAAACUGUUAAUAUGACAGUACUUUGUUUUGCAGGCCCGUAUUAUGCAUGAAGGCUACAAUGUUGCAGCAUUUUAUAUUAAAGCUAGAUGUAAGCCUACCACAAACCUGAAAAUAUAUGUAAAACAGAUAAACCUGGUCAACAGGUCUACAUCAACCAGUAAGCAAAAGAAGUCAACUUUCCAGAUCUUUACUUAUAAAAAUUUGACUGGAUAAACUACACUCUACUAACUGCGUUAAAAACCAAAAACUAACAACCUUGGGAUCUGAUCCUUUCUGUUCUUGUUGGUUGAGUGGUAUUGUUGACUAUGUUUUAGUUUUUAUUGUGUUAGCAGAUUUGUACUUAUGAAACUGGAUAACAUGUUCCAUGUGUGCUUGACAGCUGAAGGCACCUGUUGGUCCCAUGUUCAUAUGUGCUUG